CUGAGUUGUAGCUCUAUACUAUGCAUGUUUACCAGUGGAGAGCCCAUUCAUUCUCGGAGCCCACAGCUGAGAGAAGUCCAUUGAUCAAUCAUGAGCUCGUCAUUAUUCUCACCCUCACCCUCUCCUUCUCAAAACUCAACUGAAGACUACCCCUCAUCAUCAUACAGACUCAAUCCAAUCCCAGCCAUUGUUGCUCUACUUGUUUGCCUUGUACUGAUAAUUGUGGCUUUUGUUGUCCUCUUCAUACUCCUGAAGAAGAAAAGGGAAAGGGUAGUGCAUCUAAGGGGACCUGAUAUUGAAAAUGAAAAUUAUCAUCACUUGACCAUGACUAGAGACAAUGUAUUUACGAGGUUUUCUCAGAAGAUCGUGAAUCGUUUCAGCAUCUACAGUUCACAGGGAGACACUCUCUCGAGGCAAUCUGGAGGCAGAUUUACUUUAUCUCGUCAUAGUUUUACUCGGAAAUCAAAAAACCAAAAUGGCUCAUCUCCAUCCUCCUCAUCUCCUCCUGUAACUCAGGUCAAACAGAAUGAGUCCAUUCCUCUUCCUACACUAGUCAUCAAUUCAAAAGGAGAUAAUGGCAGAUAUUACGUCAAUGUCACACCAAAUGUCACCCCCACAAGCACCACUAGCAGCGAGAGAGGAAGCACAGCUUCGGCAAUUGUGCAUGAAGUUGAUAACUCUGAACUUUAUAAGGAGCAAAAAGAGCUUGAAAACAAAAAGAGUCCAAUAAUAGACAGACCAUACUCUCAGCUUCAAAUUGCAGUUUAUAGCGAUUUCUUUGAAGAGGGAAGCAUAGUCCCCACGGAACAGGAAAGAAAGACGAGUAUGUGCGAGCACAUAGCGAAAUCAAGACACACGUACAAUAAGCUCCAAUUCUUUGAACAGACUGAGAACUUCUGGCUUCCCUCUUCGACCACUAGUGGCCUAUACACUCAGCUCUCAAUUAGGAAAUACAGAGAAAUUUCCAAAGAACAAAUGAGGAUAAACAGUCAAAUCGGGUCUGGUAACUUUGCAAAAGUCUUCCAAGGAGAGUGGCUCGCUCAUGAGAGAGCUGUGACGGUAGCCAUAAAGAUGCUUAAGCCAGGCUCUAAGACAUUCGAUAAAGUCAAGUUCCUCCAAGAGGCAGCCAUCAUGGGCCAGUUUUGUCACCCUAACAUUGUCCGUCUUCAUGGAGUUGUCACGCUAGGAGAGCCCACUAUGAUAGUGUUAGAGUUCUUAUCAAGAGGUGAUCUUCUCUCGUACCUUAGCAAGCUUCACCCAUCACCCGAUCCACGUGAACAGGACCCCUUGCAGAGACUUUUCGUCAAAUUUGCACGCGAGAUUGCCUCGGGUAUGGAACACUUAUCAAGAAAGAGAUUCAUACACAGAGACUUGGCUGCAAGGAACAUACUGCUCAGUGAAGACCUCACUUGUAAAAUUGCUGAUUUUGGUAUGGCAAGAAAUUUGCUUGACGAAGACUAUUACAAUUCAAAAGGUGGUAAAAUUCCAGUCAAAUGGACUGCACCUGAAGCUCUGCUGUAUAAGAAGUAUUCUACAGACAGUGAUGUGUGGAGCUAUGGUAUACUGCUUUAUGAGAUAUGGAGUCUGGGAAAGAAACCAUUCCCUGAUAUACCAAUGGAAGAGAUGAUUUGUCAAGCUGCUGUUGGACUCUGCCAUCCGCCAUGCACUGGGCUACCUAGAGCCAUUUACUUACUAAUGGUCGACUGCUGGAAUCCAGAGCACUCUAAAAGACCAAAUUUCUCUAAAAUCCAGUACUAUUUAAAUCAAUCCGAGUCACUCCUACUACAGUGGUCUGAGGCAGAUCUUUCUGUCUCUCCUCUUGUUCAUGCCCUUGGAUCUUCAUUGGAUGAGGCACAAGGAUUAUACAGGGACCUACAGCUCCUCUACCAGGAAGGAGAGGAAGGACUAGGAGUCUUUACAAAGGCAAGGAGCAUCAACGUAAAGCAUGGACGGAAUAGAACUAUUUCUCAUUUAAAAGUCACUAGAAAACACUCUUCUCUUUAAUAGAUGUAAAGCUAACAAUUAUUGACUGUUCUUAUCGUGAAUUGUUUUUUGUAUUUUUUUGUUGUUAUUAUUAAUAUCAUCAUAUAAAGUUAUAAUUAAUAGAAACAGUGACAUUUAUAAAAA